UCUUCUCCACACCUUCUCAAACCCUCUGUUCCUCUCUCGGCCCCAAACACAAGCUUCUGCAGCAGACACAGAGCAUGGCAGCCACGCUCAGCUUCCUCAAGCUCCCUGUUCUCCUUCCCCACAAACCCAAUUAUUGCAUCUCUAAAUUGCAACCACACCCCUCCUCCUCAUCAAAACCCAAUAUUCCAAAGCUGCAGGACCCAACUCCUCCCCCACAGCAACUUAUCACCACCACCCUCCACAGUCUCAAGUCAGCUUCUCUUCCCCUCACUGCCCUCACAUUGCCGUUUUUCUUGGACCCCAAGGAUGCGUUUGCUGCUGGUGGGGAGUUUGGGAUUUUUGAGGGAAGGACGUUUGCUCUGAUACACCCGGUGGUGAUGGGCGGGUUGUUCGUUUACACAUUGUGGGCCGGGUACUUGGGUUGGCAAUGGAGGCGGGUCAGGACAAUCCAGAAUGAGAUUAAUGAGCUCAAGAAGCAAGAGAAGCCUACACCUGUUACACCAGAUGGGACACCAGUUGAGGCACCACCAUCUCCUGUUUCCCUUCAAAUUAAGCAACUCAGUGAGGAAAGGAAGGAUUUGGUGAAAGGGUCUUACCGGGAUAGACACUUCAAUGCAGGUUCUUUACUGCUCGCUUUCGGAGUUUUUGAGGCGAUUGGUGGAGGAGUUAACACAUGGUCUAGGACUGGAAAGCUAUUUCCAGGUCCCCAUUUGUUUGCAGGAGCAGGUAUCACGGUGCUAUGGGCAGCGGCAGCUGCACUUGUACCUGCAAUGCAAAAGGGGAAUGAGACAGCUAGAAGCCUUCACAUUGCACUCAACGCGAUAAACGUUCUGCUUUUCAUAUGGCAGAUACCUACCGGACUUGACAUAGUUUGGAAAGUGUUUGAAUUUACUAAAUGGCCUUGAAAGUGUAUACAUUCCAAGGUUAGUCACUUUGCAUUCCGCUAUACGAGUUCAAGUACCAUCUGCAUCUUCAAAUCUUCAGUCUUUUGUGUUUGAUGUAGGUAUAAGAAGUUUCAUUGAAACAUUAGAUGCUGUAUCUUGUCCAGUUAUAAAUUUUUUGUAUAUGUUAUAUAAUGCAUUUCACUGUA